AUGCGUCUUACCUUUUUGCUUGCCUUGCUUGGGCUAACAAGCACUGCCUUGGCUGUUGCCUCUCCAGAUGCUGAACCCGCACUUAACAUGGUAGCGCGAGCGGAAGAGGCACACGCAGCAGACGAGGGUGACAUGGAUGAUGGCAGAGGACGUCCCGGUGGAGGUCGGGGCGGCGGCGGCGGACGUGGUGGUGGAUGGGGCGGAGGCGGAGGCGGAGGCCGAGGUGGAGGUGGUCGUGGUCGUGGAGGAGGAUGGGAGUAG